AUGGAGGGCAUGUUACGAAUACCUUCGGUGAAGAUGCGUGAUAAUUUGCUUGCGCUUAUGAUUCAAGGUUUCAACCCAAGUACUAAAAAAUUCAUGGUACAAGAGGCAGCCGGAAAGAAAGGGUUGAUUUCACUGAGGCUUGAUGAUGUGUUCGCUAUUUUUGGUUUGAAGAACGAAGGAGUGGAUGUUUCUAGUUUUUUGAGUAUGGACCAAGGGAAAGCAGUAAAGAAAAUUCCAGUUAGUUUUGUUAACAAAAAGACUGGUAAAAUCUUGAUUGAUGAUCUCAUUCAGAAGAUUGUGAGAAAUAAAAAUGCGGACGAUGAAUUUGUUCGGAUGGCGUUCCUCGUCCUGUUAGGGACUAUAAUUGCACCAGUGUCUGAGGAGUACAUACCAAAGAAUUAUUAUGCGCUACCCGGCCGUGUUAGGGAAUGGCCAUGUGGCAACCUAGCACUUCUGCAGUAUCUAUAUUGGGAGAAGGUGCAGCCAAUGACAGGUCCGCGGUAUGAUCCGUUAGCGCUGUUGAGCCCCUUGAUGAGGAACUGGACAGAAGAGGCAGCGGAGAAAACGGACAAGUACGACUUCCAAUAUGGUCGUGGUGUUGGGAUGAUCGAUGACACCAUUACUGAAGAGUACCGACUAAACAAAAUUAGAGUGGAACAAGCUGAAAAAAACAAGAAAUCCAGUACGAAAAAGUCUAACAUUACAGGAAGGAGAAAAGGUAGGGUGAUAGAGAAAUUGAACAAAAGCGGUGUCUUCUACAAAGCCGGUGAUAGUGAAAAAGAAGAAGAGAAUGGGUAUGGUGAUAAUAGUGAAUCUGGAAACUAUGGUGGAGACCCUCGUAAAGAAUUUGUAUAUCAACCUGAUAUGGACAAUUUGAAAACAUCAGCAAGAAAGAAUGUGCAAGAGGAUGAUGAAGUUGAUCUUAAUGAUUCUGAAGAAAAGAGACCUUAUUAUUGCACACCUGACUAUUUGGAUAGUUUCAAGGGUGAUAAACAUGAUCCUAUCGAAGUUCCUGAGGUAUCCGAUGAGAAAUCCGUUACAUCUUUAGGAAUAGAUGAAAUCGCAUCACGUGGAUCAGUUGGUUCUAUUGGAGAAUAUGAGGUGCCGGAGGAGGUUGUUGGGAAACGGAAGCGCAACCGAUCAAACCAUGUGAAGUCUCCUUAUGUGCCUACUAUACCGACUAAGCGUGCAAAACAACUAUUCGAGAAAGAAGUCUUUCAAAAUUCUAGUGAUGAAUACGAUGUGGUGAAAGCGUCUGUUAAGUUUGUCCGUGCUUAUGAGCAUUCAACAAAACAUAGAAAGAAGGAAAUAUUCAAUGAUGGCAUGCGCGAAGGUCUUAGUGCAGAGAGGGCUUGUAAGAUUCUUAACCAUCAAUGGAUCACCGGUGAUGUUAUCAAUGCUUAUUCGUCGUAUCUGUUGGGAGUUGUUGGUGACGAUCGUCAUAUAAUGCCGACCUGGCUGGUCAACUGGUUACUAGAAUUUAGACCAGACACCGAGCCAGGAAAAAAUGAGAAUGAAGUUAUGGCGAAGAAGAAUGGACCCGUGAAUAUAUGCACCGAUGAGUAUUUUAAAAAAGAUAAGGGAAAUACCCACUGGGUUUCGGUCGUCAUGCAUCGCCCGAAGGAAGAGUUUCAGGUUCUUGAUUCUUUGAUGGGACGCGAACUUGACAGUGAAGUUAAAGACAAAGUUGAGGAGCUGGAUAUUUUGUGA